GUUGAGCAGACAUCAUUCGGUAAACUACCGGAUCGUAAUAGCGUCGUUAUCAAACAGCUAGGAUUUUUCUUUGGAUAUAUUUAACUCGUUUUAAUAAUCUGUCCAAAAAUGACUACUGUAACGCAGAAAAAGACGGAGAUUACCACCUCUAGUACAAGCUAUGAAGAUGGUAAAUCACACCCUAGGAGCGGAGGAUAUAUGUACACGAGUAAAAUUGUCCCUCGAGGGUCUGUCACCACUCGCACUUCGAGGUCCAGCGGUAAUGUUAGCAGUGGGUUAUUUCAUUCUUACGAUUUCAGCGCAGCAAUGCCUGUAUCUGGAGCUUUCAAUCUUACCUCGACCAGUGUCCAUAAUGUUAAAGCAAACAGGGAGAGAGAGAAGCAAGACCUGCGGGACUUGAAUGAAAGGUUUGCUAACUACAUUGAAAAGGUCCGAUUUUUGGAGGCGCAGAACAAGAAAUUAGCCGGUGAGCUGGAAGAGCUUAAAUCAAAAUGGGGUAAAGAAACAUCUGCAAUUAAGGAGAUGUACGAAACCGAACUAGAAGAGGCUCGGAAGCUGAUUGAUGCGACCAACAAAGAAAAAGUUACCUUGGACGUUCGAGUUACAGAACUGAUCGAUCAACUUGAAAGACAGCAAAAAGAACUGGAAGAAUUGCGUUCAUUCCACCAAAGUGACCAAGAACAGAUUGCUAGGCAGAACCAACAACUUGCUGAUUUAGAGGGCGAGAUCAGUAUGUUGCGUAGAUCUAUCGAAUCUCUCGAAAAGGAGAAGAUGAGGCAAUCAAGUAUCCUUACUAGGAUGAACGACGAAAUGGAGAAACUCCGAAUGGAUUUGAAUAACGAAACCAUCAACCACUUAGACGCUGAAAAUAGAAGACAAACACUUGAAGAAGAGCUUGAAUUCCAGAAAGACUUGCAUGCACAGGAGCUUAAAGAAUUGGCAGCUCUCGCAUACCGAGAUACAACCGCUGAAAACCGUGAAUUCUGGAGGAACGAACUCUCUCAAGCUAUUCGUGACAUUCAACAAGAAUAUGAUGCCAAAUGUGAUCAAAUGCGUGGAGAUAUGGAAGCAUAUUACAAUCUCAAAGUUCAAGAAUUCCGUACCGGUGCUACCAAACAAAAUAUGGAAGUUACUCGCAACAAAGAAGAAAAUGUAAAACUGAAAAGCAAUAUGAACGAAGUUCGUAACAGACUUACUGACUUAGAAGCAAGGAAUGCUCAAAUGGAAAGAACAAAUCAAGACUUGAUGCGAGAAUUAGAAGAAAAAGAUAGGCAAAACGAAUUGGAAAGUUCUCAAUACAAAGAAGAAAUUACCAAAUUACGUGGAGAAAUGGAAAGCAUUUUGAAAGAACUGCAAGAUUUGAUGGAUAUCAAACUAUCACUUGAAUUAGAAAUUGCUGCAUACAGGAAGUUGUUGGAAGGAGAAGAGACCAGGAUCGAGUUAGUACAGCCUCCAAUGACUUACCGAAGCCGAGAACCCUACACACCAGACUUGAUUAAAAGAGAAGUUCGAACGACGAGCCAUAGUGCAAGAGCAAUGCAAAGAAAAGCGAUCUCACCAGAGAAAAUCGUAAUGGAGCAUAGUUCUCUAACAGAAAGCUACCACCAGACUGGAGAAGAAGCAGAUGAUGAAGGGAAAGACAGUGAUUCCGACACACACACAGAAGCUGAGGCCGAAGAAACUAAAGCUGAUUCAGAUGCUGAUACCGGAACAGGUCUAGAUGAAGUGAAAGAAGAGUUCAUAUUAAAAACAGACUACAGAGACGUGACAGCUGAGAAAACUCAAUCGCCUGAUGAAGACGUCGAAAACGUAGCUUCGGAAGCUGAAGAGGAUAUCAUCACUGUAGAGACAGUUCGAACAGUAAAAUCUGUGAAAACAGUCGUAACGACUAGUGAAGAAUCAGAAAAAGCAGAAUCAGAGAGAACAGAAUCUGUUCAAGCAGAAUCAGAGAAGGCAGAAUCGGAAAAAGCCGAGUCUGAGAAAGCUGAAUCGGAAAAAGCCGAGUCUGAAAAAGCUGAAUCGGAAAAAGCCGAGUCUGAGAAAGCUGAAUCGGAAAAAGCCGAGUCUGAGAAAGCUGAAUCGGAGAAAGCCAAGUCUGAAAAAGCUGAAUCGGAGAAAGCCGAGUCUGAGAAAGCUGAAUCGGAAAAAGCCGAGUCUGAAAAAGCUGAAUCGGAAAAAGCCGAGUCUGAAAAAGCUGAAUCGGAAAAAGCCGAGUCUGAAAAAGCUGAGUCGGAAAGGGCCGAAUCUGAAAAAGCAACAACUCCAGCUGAAUCUGAAAAAGCCGAAUCCGAAAGGGCCGAAUCUGAAAAGGCUUCAACACCAUCAGAACACGAAAAGUCAGUCGCUGACGGUCUUGAUAAAUCUGAAACAUUGAAAGCAGCAUCUGAAAAAUGUGUUUCACCAGCAGAGGAUGAGGUCAGCGAUAACGCUGAAUCAGAGAAAUCUGUAAAAUCUGCCGGGUCCCCAGAAAAAGAAAAACCAUUGAAGUCAAGUAAAUCACCUACAGGAUCUGAAGCAUCUGUUGCUGAAUCUCUCUCGCCUUCGAAAACAGAAUCUAAAAAGGUAACUUCCCCAAUUUUAUCUGAACAUGCAAAGUCACCCAUCCCUGCAGAUGAUGCACGCACUCCUACCGCUAAAUCUCCCGUAGUAUCUGAAGCACCUAAAUCCCCAACUAUUUCUGUUAAAUCUGAAUCUGAAAAGUCUGAACCAGUUACAUCUCCCCAUAAAUCAGAAUCACCUAAAUCCGAAAAGUCACCCGUGCUAUCUGAAAAACCUAAAUCACCUAGCUCAGAAAAAGUAGAAACAGAAAAAUCUACAGCUGAAACAACAGAAAGUAGUGUAUCGCCAAAAUCUCCUGUAUCAUCAGAGAAAGCAGAUUCAGUGAAAUCUAGUAAAGCUCACUCGCCUUCGCCUUCCGAAAAAGCAGAAUCUGAAAAGUCCAAAUCUCCUGUGACAUCAGAACCUGCAAAGUCACCCAAAUCCCCAGUCCACUCGGAAAAAGCGGAAUCUGAAAAGUCAAAAUCUCCUGUGACAUCAGAACCUGAAACGUCCCCGAAGUCCCCCGUGCCCUCAGAAAAAGCAGAAUCUGAAAAAUCAAAAUCACCUGUCACAUCAGAGCCUGCGAAAUCCCCAGUACCCUCAGAAAAAGCAGAAUCUGAAAAGUCAAAAUCCCCUGUCACAUCAGAACCUGCAAAAUCCCCUGUUCUAUCGGAAAAGGCAGAAUCUGAAAAGGCAAAAUCCCCUGUCACAUCAGAACCUGCAAAAUCUCCAGUACCCUCAGAAAAGGCAGAGUCCGAGAAAUCAAAAUCUCCUGUGACAUCAGAACCUGCGAAAUCCCCAGUACCCUCAGAAAAAGCAGAAUCUGAAAAGUCAAAAUCCCCUGUCACAUCAGAACCUGCGAAAUCCCCUGUGCCCUCAGAAAAAGCAGAAUCUGAAAAGUCAAAAUCUCCUGUCACAUCAGAACCUGCGAAAUCCCCUGUUCCCUCAGAAAAAGCAGAAUCUGAAAAGUCAAAAUCUCCUGUCACAUCAGAACCUGCGAAAUCCCCUGUGCCCUCAGAAAAAGCAGAAUCUGAAAAGUCAAAAUCUCCUGUGACAUCAGAACCUGCGAAAUCCCCUGUUCCCUCAGAAAAAGCAGAAUCUGAAAAGUCAAAAUCACCUGUCACAUCAGAACCUGCAAAAUCCCCUGUUCCCUCAGAAAAAGCAGAAUCUGAAAAGUCAAAAUCACCUAUGACCUCAGAACCUGCGAAAUCCCCUGUACCCUCAGAAAAAGCAGAAUCUGAAAAGUCAAAAUCUCCUGUGACAUCAGAACCUGCGAAAUCCCCUGUUCCCUCAGAAAAAGCAGAAUCUGAAAAGUCAAAAUCUCCUGUGACAUCAGAACCUGCAAAAUCCCCUGUUCCCUCAGAAAAAGCAGAAUCUGAAAAGUCCCAAUCUCCUGUCACAUCAGAACCUGCAAAAUCCCCUGUUCCCUCAGAAAAAGCAGAAUCUGUGAAAUCAAAAUCUCCUGUCACAUCAGAACCUGCAACAACCCCAGUACCCUCAGAAAAAGCAGAAUCUGAAAAGUCAAAAUCUCCUGUGACAUCAGAACCUGCGAAAUCCCCUGUACCCUCAGAAAAAGCAGAAUCUGUGAAAUCAAAAUCACCUGUCACAUCAGAACCUGCGAAAUCCCCUGUACCCUCAGAAAAAGCAGAAUCUGUGAAAUCAAAAUCUCCUGUCACAUCAGAACCUGCAAAAUCCCCUGUACCCUCAGAAAAAGCAGAAUCUGAAAAGUCAAAAUCCCCUGUCACAUCAGAACCUUCAAAAUCUCCUGUGACAUCAGAACCUGCAAAAUCACCUGUCACAUCAGAACCUGCGAAAUCCCCUGUACCCUCAGAAAAAGCAGAAUCUGAAAAGUCCCAAUCUCCUGUGACAUCAGAGCCUGCAAAAUCCCCUGUACCCUCAGAAAAAGCAGAAUCUGAAAAGUCAAAAUCUCCUGUCACAUCAGAACCUGCGAAAUCCCCUGUACCCUCAGAAAAAGCAGAAUCUGAAAAGUCAAAAUCUCCUGUCACAUCAGAACCUGCAAAAUCCCCUGUUCCCUCAGAAAAAGCAGAAUCUGAAAAGUCAAAAUCUCCUGUCACAUCAGAGCCUGCAAAAUCCCCUGUCCCCUCAGAAAAAGCAGAAUCUGAGAAAGCAAAAUCUCCUGUGACAUCAGAACCUGCAAAAUCCCCUGUCCCCUCAGAAAAAGCAGAAUCUGAAAAGUCACAAUCUCCUGUGACAUCAGAACCUGCGAAAUCCCCUGUAACUUUAGAAAAAGCAGAAUCUGAAAAGUCAAAAUCUCCUGUCACAUCAGAACCUGCAAAAUCCCCAGUGCCCUCAGAAAAAGCAGAAUCUGAAAAGUCAAAAUCUCCUGUCACAUCAGAACCUGCAAAAUCCCCAGUGCCCUCAGAAAAAGCAGAAUCUGAAAAGUCAAAAUCUCCUGUCACAUCAGAACCUGCAAAAUCCCCUGUUUCCUCAGAAAAAGCAGAAUCUGUGAAAUCAAAAUCUCCUGUGACAUCAGAACCUGCGAAAUCUCCUGUUCCCUCAGAAAAAGCAGAAUCUGAAAAGGCAAAAUCACCUGUCACAUCAGAACCUGCAAAAUCCCCAGUACCCUCAGAAAAAGCAGAAUCUGAAAAGUCAAAAUCCCCUGUCACAUCAGAACCUGCGAAAUCCCCAGUACCCUCAGAAAAAGCAGAAUCUGUGAAAUCAAAAUCUCCUGUGACAUCAGAACCUGCAAAAUCCCCUGUACCCUCAGAAAAAGCAGAAUCUGAGAAGUCAAAAUCUCCUGUCACAUCAGAACCUGCGAAAUCCCCUGUACCCUCAGAAAAAGCAGAAUCUGAAAAGUCAAAAUCUCCUGUGACAUCAGAACCUGCAAAAUCCCCUGUUCCCUCAGAAAAAGCAGAAUCUGAAAAGUCAAAAUCUCCUGUGACAUCAGAACCUGCAAAAUCCCCUGUACCCUCAGAAAAAGCAGAAUCUGAAAAGUCAAAAUCUCCUGUCACCUCAGAACCUGCAAAAUCCCCACAAUCCCCCGUACCCUCUGAAAAAGCAGAAUCUGUUAAGUCAAAAUCUCCAGUUCAGUCACCAGCCGCAAAAUCGCCUUCAUCACAUGUGCCCUCAGAAAAAGCAGAAUCUGAGAAGUCAAAAACCUCAGUCUCUUCAAAAUCUUCUAAAUCCCUCAAAACCUCUUCACACACACUGGAGACAGAGUCAAUGCAAUCGAAACAAAGGCUUUCGCCUGAACCUUCUGAAAAGUCAGAAUCUGAAACCCUUAAAUCAUCUGUGAUAGCUACGUCUCCCCACUCCCCUGUUAAAUCUGACUCAGAACAUUUGUCUCCUGUAUUGUCUGGACAAUGUAUAACCGAUAAAUCGGAUCGAUCUCUUUCACCUGUGGCCUCUGAAAAACACAAAUCUUCAAUUACUUCUGAAUCUUUAAAGUCCUCUGUGAUAUAUGAGAAAACCAAGUCUGUACCAACUGCACCCUCUGACUCAGUGUUACCCACUUCUCCCUCAGAAAAAGCUAAAUCCACUGUGAUAACCAAACCUGCUAAAUCACCUUCUAGCCCUGAAAAAGUUAUAUCGGAUAAAAAACAGUCAUCUAAGAAAGCAACAUCACCUAUUCAAUCUGAGGAUGCAGACUAUCUGAAGGACAAGUCCUUUGUAAAAUCUGAACCAGUUAUCUCCCCAAACAUUUUGGAAAAUUCGCAAAAGGCGUAACUUCUACGACCACUCAAGAACGUCGGACAAUGAGUGAAGAAAAAAAAGUCAGCUCGACCAAGGAAUAGGGAAAAUCAACACAAAAGAAAAACAAAUACAACAAAAAAGACUGAUAACAUAGAUUUUUCAUAUGAACAGUUUUUACAGUAGCAACAACAAUUUUUUUACAAAAUGUGAAGAAAACAUGAACAUUACACAAAAAAUAUUGGCAUUGUUAUUUACCGCCAUUGCUGAUCUUAUAUUUGUCUAGUAAAACAAAUUGUUCAAUGUGUAUCGCUUUUUUGCUGGAAUCGUAAAAAAAUGUGCAUGUAACCUUAUCAAUCAGGCACAUUUGUGGUCUUAUCUAAUGAACUUAUAACAAGCAUAUGCAUUUGUCUGUAUUAUAUAUAUAUGCCAUUAAAUAUAUAUAGGCAACUAGUUAAUAUAUUU